AUGAAUGGUGAUGCAAAAGUAAAUACCCACUUCAAUAAUAAUAACAACGACAACAUCACUACAACAUCAUCUAUCUAUAAUACUAAUAAUAAUAUCAACAACAAAAGUAACUAUCGACAACAACAACAACCAAGUUUGCAACUACAACUGAAUUUUCAACAAUCUCACCAUAAUCGAUACUCAAACAAUAUGGCUUCAACUGUUAGUUCACAACCUAAUAACCAACAUCCACCUACUGAUGGUGUAUCCUUUUUGGACUUACUUUCUUCAGAUAUGGAUUUUGAGCAAGCUUAUUCAAUGUAUAAUGACUUACAAACAAAGAAUGUUAUUGGAUCAUUUGAACAAUUACAGAAGGUACAAAUGCUUAAUCAACAAUACGUACCCAGCUUACCUCCUACAACCCAUGACUAUCACUACCAACAACAAGCGGCCAUCUCUCGAACAAGAGAGGACGACGAAUUUGCUUAUGGAAGAGCUCAGAUCUUGGCUAAUGGUGAUGCAUAUAUGAACCAAUUUAAACAUUAUGCUUUUGAUAAUGACUUAUCUAAACUAAACAAGCCCAAACCCCCAUACCAACAACCGAUGCAACACCAGCAAAUACAGCAACCUCAAAAUCAACCUCAACCUCAACCUGAACCUCAACUUCAAGCCCAGCCACAUCCUCAACCUCACUCCCAGCUGCUGCAACAACAACAACUACCACGCACCCAACAACCUGAAGAAGACUUUGAUCAGUUUUUCUCCACAACUGAAUCCGAUGCUUUAGAAAAGUUUCUAGAUAAUUUGGCGAACCCAGAUGCUGUAGGAGACCCAUUACAAUUUUAUCAAGGAGUUAAAAAUAUGAGCCCGGCUGCUUCAAAUAAUGGGACAAUACCUUCAUCAAAUCCAAUAACGCAAGAUGACAUAUUCAACCCUUUAUAUGAGUUACAUACAAUGAAAAUACCGGGCUUGAAUCAAACAAAUACAAAGAAAGAUACUAUUCCUUCACAAACGACCGCAGUUACUUCAACAAGAUAUCCUUUACCUACUCCUAUGCAAAAUGCGGCAAAUUCAAGUUUUAUGUUGGAUGAUUUUAAAAGGAAAGCGAGUAAUAUCCAAGCCAUGUUAAUAAGUCCACCUAAUUCAGGUGAUGAGAUCAAAAAAGAUGAGAAUCAAUUAAAUUAUGACGAAGAUGGUAUGACGAAACCUGCCAAAAAGAAGAGAAGAACUUCACAUAAACCUUUAUUAAGUCUUGAACAAAAGCGUCUUAAUCAUUCCAAUUCUGAACAAAAACGACGCCAAUUAUGUAAGAUUGCUUAUAAUCGUUGUUUAGAAUUGAUUAUCGAUUUAGAUGCAUUUAAUAAAUUGCCAGAAUUAUCUGAAGAACAACGGAAAUCAAAGAGAGCAAGAGUGAAUAAAGAAGGAUUACCUAAUUUAUCUAAACAUGGGGCUUUAGUAAGGAUAAGUAAUGAGAUUAUUGAGAUUAAAAGUUUAAAUGAUAAAUUAAAGAAGUUAUUAGGAGAUGUGAAUAUGUAA